AUGCAGUCCCCCUGGACGGUUAAGGACCUGCAGCGACUCAAUGGAAGACUCGUCGCCCUGUCUCGCUUCCUCGCCCGAUCGGGCGAUCGCUGCCUCCCAUUCUUCAAAGCGCUCAAAGACCCGAGGAACUUCCAACGGACAUCGGAAUGUGAGGAGGCUUUGAAGAAGAUGAAGCGGCACCUGGCCAGCCUCCCUCGGCUCGCCUCUGUCUUCCCCGGCGAGAAACUGGGGCUCUACUUGGCGGCCUCCCCGCGUGCGGUCAGCUCCGUCCUUGUCAAGGAAAGCUCCGGUCCACAACUCCCGAUCUACUAUGUCAGCCAUGUCCUCAGUGGACCCGAAGAACGCUACCCGCCGAUAGAAAAGCUCGCACUCGCCCUGGUGCUCUCGGCCCGAAAAUUACGCCCUUACUUCCAGGCGCACUCGGUGGAAGUCAUCACCGACCAGCCUCUCCGCCAGGUCUUAACAAAGUUCGAUGUUGCAGGUAGGCUCCUCCGAUGGGCGGUGGAGCUCAGUGAGCAUGAUAUCAGCUACGUUCCCAGAACCGCCAUCAAGGCCCAAGCGGUAGCCGACUUCGUCGCGGAAUUGGCCCAGAUGGAUGGAGAUCCCGGACAAACCCCCGAAGCUUGGACCCUACAUGUGGACGGCUCGGCCAACUCAAGGGGUGCCGGAGCGGGGCUGGUCCUUCUCGCCCCCGACGGGCGCUCGUUCAAGCGUUCCCUUCGCUUCGGGUUCAAAGCCACGAAUAACGAGGCGGAAUACGAGGCACUCCUAGCAGGAUUGAGGCUGGCCCUCGAGAUGCAGAUCAAUGGCGGAUAUGAAGCUUGGGACGCAACCAUGGCCAAAUACCUGGCACGGGUAAGGGACCUUUCCGCGAGAUUCCCUUACUUCACAUUAUCUAAUGUCCCGAGGGAGGAAAACGGGAGAGCUGAUGCGCUCGCUAAACGGGCGUCGAGACAAGCCCCCGAAGCAGGGCCGAGGAUUGAGGAACUCCCCGCUCGCACCAUUGAGGUAGCAACAACGGCCCCAGGAGGCCCGCCGACCACGUGGGUACAGGAGCUGCUGCGCUUCAAGCGGGACGAAACCCUCCCCCUCGACGAAGUCGCGGCUCGGCGUCUGCGCCGCACACACGCGUGGUACGCCGAGGAGAGUGGUCGACUUUACAAACGGUCCUUCACCCAUCCCCUCCUGCGAUGCUUGGAGCCCGACGAAGCGAGGACAGUCCUGGCUGAAACCCACGAGGGGGCCUGUGGCGAACACAUCGGCGGGCGAACCUUGGCGCACAAGAUACUUCGCCAAGGCUACUACUGGCCAACAAUGUGCCAGGAUGCGAAAGCUUACGUGCAGUGGUGCGGUUCGUGCCAGCAACACUCCCGCGCACCCCGGCAGCCCUCGGUCCCGCUCUGCCCCAUCGACUGUGCAUGGCCGUUUGCCCAGUGGGGGCUGGACAUUCUCGGCCCCUUCCCACCGGCUCUUGGACAGCGUAAGUACAUAAUUGUGGGAGUAGACUACUUCACAAAGUGGGUCGAGGCCGAACCACUGGCAACGAUCACGGAGCAUCAGGUGGAGAAAUUCGUGUGGAAGAAUCUAGUAACUCGGUUCGGAUUGCCCAAGACCAUUAUCACCGACAACGGACCUCAGUUCACAGGCACUAGGUUCCGAGAAUUCUGCGCCGGUCAUAGCAUUCAACUGAGGUUCAGUUCGGUGGCCCACCCUCAGAUGAAUGGAUUGGCCGAAGUAACCAACCGUUCCAUCCUGGACGACCUCAAGAGAAGAGUGUCUGCGGCCCGAUCGACCUGGACGGACGAGCUCCCUAGUGUGUUAUGGUCGCUGCGCACCACCCCCAAGACGGCGACCGGGGAGUCCCCAUACAGCUUGACGUUCGGAACCGAGGCCGUCCUACCGCCCGAGGCAGCAGUCGCCACACUUCGGACGUGGAGCUACGAAGAGGAAGCCUCGAACCAGGGACUUCGCGCCAACCUCAACAUGCUCGAGGAGCGACGCGCCGACGCGCACCUAAAAGCCCUCUCUCACCAGAGAGCCAUCGCCCGGAUCUACAACAGAAAGGUGCGACCCCGACCGAUCAAGCUAGGCGAUCUAGUCCUACGAAGGGCCGAGGUCAGCGACCCGACCCGAACGAAGGGGAAGCUGGCGCCCAAAUGGGAAGGACCAUAUCGGGUCACCGACGUGGUCCGACCAGGCACCUAUCGCCUCACCGCCAUGGACGGCGCCCCCCUGCCAAGGACGUGGAACAUCCAAAACCUCAAAAAGUUCUUUGUUUAA